AGUCUAAUGCAGAGGACUGUGGGUUAGGUAUUUAUUCCCCCCUGACCACUUUGUCACGAUACGUAAUGAUUAGACUGCUUUUACAGUACUUCUUCCGCUGAGAAGACUUUAUGGGAGUUCCAGGAGUUUACGGGUGUAACUGUCCCUUCACCUCCGCUGUCUGGUGAGAGAGGCGGUGAGCAGAGAGAGAGAGAGAGAGAGAGAGAGAGAGAGAGAGUGAAAGAGAAGAGUCCUAUGGCUCCAUUGCAGCUCGCGGUGUACUUGCGGCUCGCUCUCAUAUUCUUCUUCACGGCGUUUCUUUUCUUCCUCGAUGUCUUCACCGUCAGCAGAGCAGCCUCCUCGUGCGCUAAAGUCCCCAGUCAGUUACCGACCAAGAGUCGAACCGGAGGAGAUGAAGUCUCUUCUAGUAGUGCGCGCAAACAGAACGAAACUACGGGGGAGGUGCCCGAGAUAAACUUGUCACUUAUAUCGGUAUUGUUACCGACACAGGAUGAGAUCACGCUGGGGAACGACACGGAGAGAGAUAACGUGCCCUCGUUUGCAAGACGUUGGAAUAUUUCCCUGGUUUGUGUGGUUGAAUCUGUGUUUGAAAUGCACUGCUCGACUGAGGGACCUAACAGAUCAUUGUAUGUGUGGAGUACUGCGAUGAGGUACGGUAAGCGAGUGGUGCUGCUGGUGUGUGUGUGUGUCCAUUCUGUGACUGCUCUGCUGCCGGCCAUCCUUCCUCAAGCCAUCCUCUUCCUCACUCUUCGCUGUCUGGCCGGGGUCUCCUGCUGCUGCAUCAAUAUCUGCAGCUUCAGCCUGGGUGUGGAAUGGAGUCUUCCCAAGUAUCGUAUCUGGCCCCCGGCCCUCCUGUCCUUCUCCUUCAGCCUGGGUAUGAUGGCCCUGGCUCCACUGGCGUACCUUACACACACGUGGACACAGCUACACCUGGCACUGGCGAUACCACAGAUCCUCUGUCUGCCUCUCUACUACUACAUUCCUGAGUCUCCUCACUGGUUGCUCCUGAAGAAGAGGACAGACACUCUGGAGGAGUACAGGAGACACAGUCCUGAGGACAAACGCUGUCUAGACCUGCUGUUGGACACAGAGGGGAAGGACCUGCAACAAGUUCCCCUGGACACAGACACACCUGACAAUGAGACACACACACUGGAGACUGACACACACAUACCAAAGGCAGACACGCAAACCCAGGAGGGAAACACACUUUCCCACUGCGGACACAUGAGAAGUCCCACCAUUCUACUGCGCCUGGUCAUCAUGAGUUACAUUGGGCUAGCGUCAGCCCUGACGUACUACGGUAUCUGUCUGAAUGUCGGGCGUUUCGGGGUGGAUGUCUUCCUGGCUCAGUUCUUCAGCGGCCUAUCAGAGGCACCCUGCUUGCUCGUCCCAUUCCUAUUGGCCCGCUGUGGCAGACGCCCAAUCAGCAUGCUGUCCCUGCUCCUCAGUGGCUCCUUCUGCCUGCUGUCCCUGCUUGCAUCACGUUUCUACGCUGUCCCAGGGUUGGUGAUGGCUCUGGCCCUGGUGGGGAAGCUGUGUAUGCAGACCAGUGUGUUUGUCUCUUUACUCUACGGCAUCGAGCUCUUCCCUACACUCAUCAGACAGAAGUGUGUGGGCUUGGUGUGUCUGUGUUACAGGGUGGGGUGUAUCCUCAACGCGGUGGUCAGUCCUAGAGGAGAAACCAUCCCAUUGGCCGCUAUGAUUCUUUAUGGGAGUGGUCCCAUUGUUGGGGCGGGACUGUGUCUUUUGCUACCGGAGACCAGCGGUGUACCGCUCCCUGAUUCGCUGGAGGACUGUGACAGACAGCCCAGGCUUCACCUCCCCUUGGCCUGGUUAUCACGCUUCAGAAGCAGGUCUCUGUGUGGCAGGAGCUCGGGGUCUAGCUGGAGGACCACUGGCCUGAACGACACCCAGAAACAGAGGAAUGGAAGAAGAGAAGCAUGAGAACAGCCAUAUACAUCCAACUAGCCGGGUACCCACCAGCCAUACACAUCCAACUAGCAGGGUACACACUAACCAUACACAUCAACAACGGCUCAGCCACGAAGUGGUAGGCCACACAAGCUCACAGAAUGGGACCGCCAAUUGCUGAAGCACGUGAAAAUCAUCUGUCCUCGGAUGCAACACUCACUACCGAGUUCCAAACUACUUCUGGAAGCAACGUCAGCACAAUAACUGUUCAUCAGGAAGCUUCACGAAAUGUGUUUUCCAUGGCCUAGCAGCAGCACACAAGCCUAAGAUCACAUAUGAUCGCAAUGCCAAGCGUCGGCUGGAGUGGUGUAAAGUUCACCGCCAUUGGACUAUGCAGCAAUGGAAACACGUUCUCUGGAGUGAUGAAUCACACUUCACCAUAUGGCAGUCCGACGGGCGAAUCUGGGUUUGGCAGAUGCCAAGUUUGAGGAAGGACCUCUCCAAUUUCAGCAUGACAAUGCCCCCGUGCUCAAAUCGAGGUCCAUACAGAAAGGGUUUGUCGAGAUCAGUGUGGAAGAACUUGACUGGCCUGCAUAGAGCACCGACCUCAACCCC